UUAAGAUGAAGACAUGGCUAGACGAAAACUGCUUUUUGGUCAAGCUCUGUAACUUGGAUUGAACUCCGACCGAAGUUUAGGAGGGAGAGGAACUCCGAUUAAGCAGUUGAGGAUCGAAGGCUUUGACUUGAUGAGAGGGAAAAACCGCGAGAUGCGAGCGCGUCUUCUGACCAUAACCAUGGGCACCGUGCGCUCCUCGCCUUGUGCGUAAGCUGCUGUGGACGGUCCACACAUUAUGAGACGCAAUGGCAUGGUGUGACCGAGGGGUUCAGACUUUGCUGGCCAUCGUAGGGGCCUUCGCCGCCUUCAGCCUCAUGACCAUCGCCAUCGGCACCGACUACUGGCUUUACUCUCGUGCGUACAUCUGCAACGCCACUAAUGUCACCACGGACGAGACCCAGAUGCAAACCAAGAAAGUCAAAGGCGAUCUGACGCACUCUGGACUGUGGAGGAUCUGCUGUAUCGAAGGUAUCAACAAAGGAAGCUGUUUUCGGAUCAAUCAUUUUCCAGAGGAUAAUGACUACGAUACAGACAGCUCUGAGUACAUCUUACGUAUAGUGCGCGCAUCAAGCCUAUUCCCCAUUCUCAGCACCAUCCUGCUGAUGCUGGGUGGCCUGUGUGUCGGGGUGGGCCGCAUCUACAGCAGCAAAACCAACAUCCUGCUUAGUGCUGGCAUCCUGUUUGUGGCUGCAGGCCUGAGCAACAUCAUCGGCAUCAUCGUCUACAUCUCCAGCAACGCCGGCGAUCCAAGUGACAAGAAAGAUGAGGACAAGAAGAACCAGUACAACUACGGAUGGUCCUUCUACUUCGGCGCCCUCUCCUUCAUCGUGGCUGAGUCCGUGGGCGUUCUUGCCGUCAACAUAUAUAUCGAGAAAAACAAAGAGACACGCUUCCGAGCCAAACACGACUUCAUGAAAACCAUACCCUCCUCUUCACCUUACUCUCGCAUCCCAAGUUACCGCCACAGACGAAGGCGCUCACGCUCUAGUUCAAGGUCGACUGAUCCAUCCCGCGACCCCUCCCCGGUGGGGAUGAAGAUCGGUGGAGGAAGUGGUGGUGGAGGAGGAGGGUUGGCAAUGGGGUUGCCGAUGGGGGAUAUAUCCCUGUAUGCCCUUAGUAGGGACCCUCUGAAGGGUGGUAGUGGGACUGCAGGGCCCUACAGUCCUGAGAGGGACUCUGGGUUUUUACAAGUCCACAACUGCUUCCAGAAAGAUCUGAAAGACGGAGUAAACAGGAGGACCACGCCGGUAUGAGGUCAGGAGUGUAUUAAAAGUGUAAAACAAUAAGCUUGAUGGAGCGCACUAGAUUUAGUACAGUUGAUGAGAAAGGACAAUUCCUCCCUGAGGCUGUUCAGGCAGCAGCGGUGCUGAAAGGUCAGAGCUCAAAAUUGUUUUUCUUGCGUCCCUCUGUGACAGAAAAGUGCCAAUCUGUGUUUCAUUUGAAGGAAGAGGGGAACUGAUAUCAAAAUAACUUUUUAUUAUAUGACUCAAUAUCUUUAAAAAGUGGAU